AUGGCGCAGGGCCACUUGCUCCCUAUGCUCGACCUGGCGCGCCUCAUCGCAGGUCACGGCGCGCGCGUCACCGUCGUGCUGACGCCCGUGAACGCCGCGCGCAACAGGCCCUUCCUGGAGCACGCCGCGCGGGCGGGGCUUGCCGUCGAGUUCGCCUUCCCGGGACCCGCGCUGGGCCUGCCCGAGGGCUGCGAGAGCGUCGACAUGGUGACGGACCUGUCCCUCAUCGUCCCGUUCUACGACGCCAUGUGGCUUCUCGCCGCGCCGCUCGAGGCGUUCCUCCGGUCGCUGCCCCGGCGCCCCGACUGCCUCGUCGCCGACUCGUUGGGCCCCUGGACGGCGGGCGUCGCGUGGCGCGUCGGCGUCCCGCGGUUGGUGCUCCACGGGCCGUCCGCGUUCUACCUCCUCGCCGUGCACAACCUCGCCAAGCACGGCGCGUACGACCGCGCCGCCGGCGACUUGGAGCCGUUCGAGGUGCCGGACUUCCCGGUGCUCGCGGUUGUCAACAGGGCGACUUCGCUUGGGUUCUUUCAGUGGCCAGGGAUGGAGAGGUUCCGGCGGGAGACGCUGGAAGCCGAGGCUACCGCUGACGGCCUGCUCGUCAACACCUGCUCGGCCUUGGAGGGCGCGUUCGUCGAGGGCUACGCGGCGGCGCUCGGCCGGAAGGUUUGGGCUGUCGGGCCGCUCUGCCUCACCGACACCGACGCGGCCACGAUGGCGGGUAGAGGCAACCGCGCGGCGAUGGACGCCGAGCACAUCGUGUCCUGGCUCGACGCGCGGCCUGCAGCAGUUCGAGGCCGCUUCAAGGACUACGGCCUCGUCAUCCGCGGGUGGGCGCCGCAGAUGACCAUCCUGUCGCACCCCGCCGUCGGCGGCUUCUUGACGCACUGCGGGUGGAACUCGACGCUCGAGGCCAUCUCCGACGGCGUGCCGCUGCUGACCUGGCCGCAGUUCGCCGACCAGUUCCUGAACGAGGCGCUGGUCGUGGACGUGCUCGGCGUCGGCGUCCGCGCCGGCGUGAAGGUCCCGGCCACGCACGUGAUGCUCCUGAAUCCCGGGGACCCGCUGGUGGUGCAGGUCGGGAGGGACGAUGUGGAAAGGGUGGUGGCCGAGCUGAUGGACGACGGGCCAGCCGGCGCAGCGCGGCGGGCCAAGGCGAAGGAGCUCGCCCACAGUAAGGUGGCCGCGGUGACCAAGGGCGGUUCGUCGGACAUGGACGUGAAGAACAUGCUCCGGCAUGUCGUGGAGCUGUCGCCAAAGGAUGAACAAUUGGUCCUCGGUGCGGCGGAGGCUGGAGCGCCCGUCCUGCCUCGUACCGGCUCCGUCCUGUCCCCGUCGCCUCGACGCCGCUGGAGCUCCCGUCGCCUCGACGCCCUUCCCGCUGAUGCCGGCAGAGUUGUAAAGAUUUUUGGUAAGGAGAAGAAGAAAGAACUAGACACAAUAGAUAGCUUCGCCUGUGAGAAUUGA